ACACUCACUCACGCGCCGUUCCCCCUUCAUUUCACACUCUGAUCUGAAUAAACGAUCAAGAAAAGACAAACAAUGCACGACUCCACCUCCACCUCCCGCCACCGUCACCGCCGCGAACCACCACAACCGACUCACCGCCGUCGUUCUUGGUGUUGCUCUUUUGCCGUUCCGCCGCAGAGCCCAGAGAACCACUACGACGGCGGCGGCAAAACCCGCUACUGUGUUUCUACUCGCUCCCAGUCGUCGAAGCAUCUCAGAAAUCCUCCGACUCCUAAAAAGACCGAAAUGCACCCGAAGUCUUCUCAUAAUUCCUUCCCCAACUCGCCACAGUCGCAGGCUUCGACUACCUCCUCCUCCUCGAAACUUGGGCUCCGGAAAAUUUUAUCUCCGGGUCGGGUCUCCCCUAUUGAGGAACCCGCUCCGGUUCCGACGACUACGAAGGGGAGAACUGCAAGUUCUUUGACGGAAGUUCCGAAAUCGCCCAUGCGAGAUGAUUGUAGCUGUGGUGGGGCGGAGGCGGACGACGAGGGUAGUUUGGGGAAUUUUGACGUGAGGUUGAAUUUGAAGGCGAGAAAUGGAGGGGGAUCUUUGAUUUUGGAGCUGAGCUCGGUGGUUCUGGCGGCGAAUAGCUCCGUGUUCGCCGGACUAAUUGCUGAUUACCGGACGAAUUCGAAUGCCAAGGGUUUGUGUCGAAUUGAGGUGCCGGAUGUUGACAAUUUGGGUGUUUUUCGAGAAACGAUUGAGCUUAUGUUCGAUGAAGAUAUCCCGAAAAAACUCGUCAAGAUCGGGCCUUUUCGCGCCAUUGAUAUGCUGGAGGUGGCUGCAGGUAUCAAGUUUGUCAGGGGUGUUUCAUCAUGCUUAAAGUUCCUUGAAGCAGUGCCCUGGACUGAGGAAGAAGAAGAGAAACUGAGGGUCCUCUUUACAAAAUAUAAGUUCGAUGAUGGAACAAGUAGAGACAUAUUGGCCAGGCUUUAUGCACUUGAGUCGGUAGAUUCUCAACAAACCAUGGCUCGACAGCUACUUUGGUCAAUUAUUACCUGUGCUGAUACCAAUGCUGGAAACGAGCUGAAAUCCUUAGUCAAGGGGCUCCUGUCCAAAAGCUCAGUUUACGAGAAGGACUACGAUGAUAUUGAGAGGGACGACAUUUUUGCUGUUUGCCAGUCUUGUUUGAGUUCUUUGAUCAAUCUGUUUGAGGAGGCAUCUGGCACUGCUCAAUCUGAAAAAUUAGUGAAACAGGAUAAAGGUAAGCCGAUGAUUGAACGCAUCUCAAAGCAGGUUGACAACCUUAAUUGGUUGUUUGAAAUCCUGCUUGAUCACCAAAUGGCCGAGGAGAUGGUAGAUAUGUGGGCAGAUCAAGCAGACUUAAUUAGAAUGCACGAGAGCUCAUCUCCUAUGAUUAGAUAUGAGCUUAGCCGGGUGUCAGCAAUGUUGUUUAUCGCACUGGGCACUCGGAAACUGCAUUGUCCGUCAGAUUCUAGGCUGAGCCUCCUCAGUGCAUGGUUCAGACCUAUGCUAUUGGACUUUGGUUGGUUACAGAGGUGCAAAAAGGGGCUUGACAUGAAGGCCUUGGAGGAAGCAAUGGGUCAGGCACUCCUUACCCUUCCUCUAAAGGAGCAAUACACUCUGUUUAUGGAUUGGUUCUGUUAUUUCUCUAAGCAUGGCACCGAAUGCCCUAAUCUCAGUAAAGCAUUCCAGAUCUGGUGGCGCAGAUCGUUCUUGAGAGGAUCUGAAACUUAUGCUAUUGAGUCUAGGUAAAAUGAUACUUCUUUGCAUAUUUCCGAUGCAAUCAAAUAUCUUGGCAUCAGAGAUUGGUCAAUUCAAAACAUGUGAAACCGGUAAUGUAGAUUAUGUAGGAUAUCUAACUGUUGUAACAAUGUCAACUAGAUAGAGAGUGCUAGCUCCUAACCUCCAUUCUUUUGUGCAUCAUAUGGAGUUUGAUUUCAUUGGGUUAGAUAUAGACCCCUCCCAGAACCCUAUUAGGAGCUUGCUUUACCAGAGUGGGAUAGACCUAUUUCUCUCAGAAGUAGUCUUGCUCUUCUUCUUCUUUUAAUAUGUCCUGGUGAAGUGAUUGCCAUCCAUGGUGAUGAAGUUGACUGCAGUUACAUCUAGUUUGAGUUUUGGAGAAUUAGAAAUUGUCUGUUUGCUGGAGAGUGAAAAUGCGUAUAUUGGCUGUAGCUAAAACAAUAUUACACCUAUCAAUUUGGUGCA